AUGUUUUUCUCAAAAUCAUUUGUUGCCCUCGUCGCUCUCGCUUCCUCUCUUGUGGCGCCUACUUUGGCACACGGUACCAUCACCGCCAUCGCUGGUGCUAACGGUGUCAAUUCACAAGGAUUCGGAGUUAUAUCCUCCACCCCUAGGGAUGGCUCGACGCCAAAACCUUUUGAACAAGACACGAGUAUCAUCCGGGAUAACGAGAUCGAUAGCGGCAAGGCGGACGUUUGUGGGAGGACGAAGGCUGGUGGGAACAACGACGUUGCGACGCAGCUUGCUGCUGCGGCCACCUCUGGUCUGCCCACUCCCGCUGCAAAUGGAUCCGUGAGCAUGACGCUCCAUCAGGUUAACGGUGAUGGUGCUGGUCCCUACACAUGUGAAUGCUCCGCCGACGGAACCGGCGCUGAUUUUGUCAACAUGGAAGUCACGACAAACGUACCAGGUACCAAGAGCCGUUCGAAGGCGAAGGCGACGGAUUUCGCGCUUGUGGCGCAGAUGCCCGCAGGCGUGAACUGCACCGGAGGACCCAACGGCGACGCAUGUCUCGUCCGAUGCAGGAAUGAUGCUAAUGCAGGCCCUUUCGGUUCCUGUGUGGCGGUCGGCAACACGGACUCUGGCAACUCCACAGCCUCCAGUACGACAUCCACUGGCACAACGGAUUCCAACUCUACGACGGCAGCGGGGACGACCGAUACUGGCGCGGCUGGUACCAACUCGACUGCCACCGCGACGGAAACAGCUGCCACUGACUCGAGCGCCGCUUCCUCCGCCUCUACUUCGACUUCAACGGGUACCACAGAAUCCUCGACGGGGGGUAAUACUACCGACUCAUCGAUCGCAGACCCUGCUUCUUCGUCGAACUUGGCGUCCUCCUCCGCGACUGCUAGUAUUGAUGCGGCAACCGUCGGUUCGAAAACGGCGAAGGGGAAGGCUACUGUUAGGGCGCCGGUGAAGAGGUAUAUUCGUUCGCGUGUUGCAGGGAAGAGGACGGGGCAGUGGAUUGAUAUCUGAGCUGUAUGAGGUCGCAGAUUUCCAGCUAUUCAUGGGACUAUGGUCGGGGUGAACUGUGAUGGACUUGGACAUUGU